AUGCCGCCUCCAAGCUCGACAACUUGCCAGGGCUUCGCCCACCCGCUCGUUCUCCUUGUCCGGAGCUCCCUUCACGCCUCGGCCACAAGCCAAUGCUUCACGCAAAACGCGUGGGUGCAGUCACGAACUCUCACACGGCGAUCUAGUACACGCUUUGCCUCCUCCAAGUCGAGAGGCGGGCACAAUGCCACCAGAAAACCCUCGCCUGUGCCACCAACGUUGACACCAGCAAUUUCGCCAACUUCGCCUUCGACUUCAACAUCCACAGCUCCUAGACCUGCUUCUCGGGCACCUCCAGCAGCAGCAGCAGCAGCAGGGACAGCGACAGAAUCCGCCGUAGGGCCACACGUCGGAUACGCACAGCUUCUCGCACGCAAGACCUCGGCGACGACCCUCUACGAGGGCGCCGCAAAGCGGGUGUUCCUCUUCUCCAGCUAUGCCGCGGGAAUCACACUGUUCGGCGGCGCGACAAUCAACUCCAUCGUCAAUGUUUUCGACCUGCCACAGGGCGUACCGGAAUGGGUCGCCUUCCCCUUUGGCUUCGUGAGUGUCAUGAUGGCUGUGCUGGGCGCGCGGUUCGCCAUGACCCCUGCCGGGGUGGUGCGCAGUAUAAAAGUCCUGCCUGCCUCGUCGGCCAGCGCAGCCGUGUCUUCUGGCAAAGUGAUGCCGAAGUCGAUGCCGCCAACAAUCACGACCACCACCGCCGCCGCCGCGCGGCCCCAGCUUGAAGUCUUGGUCCGCCGGACGACACCAAUCCCAGGACUCCCUCUGCGGCGCAUAGUGUGCGAGCCGCACGAAAUCGUCAUGAAGGCGCGCAUGUACAACCGACCGUCCGCGCCCCCUUCACGAGAAGAGCAGGCCCUGGCUGCCGCGGAGGAGGCGGCUCGGAAGAAAGCCGAGCUUGAGUACGAGAAGACACACAUCAUGACUGCGCCGUUUCGGCACGGUUGGUGGGCCAUAAAGACUUUCUUCGCGAGCAUCCGCCAGGGUCUCACGGGCGAGGGAUUCGCGCCGGUUGAAGUCAAAGGUGUCAAGUAUAAGCUUGAUAUUACGGAUGGGUAUGCGCUCGAAGAGGGCAGGGCGCUGGACCGGAUCGUGCAGAUCGAUGAGGACCGCACGAUUGCUGUGCUCAGGGGUCUCCGGAGGUGA